GAUCUUGGUCCGUGUGCAUUUUUCCCUGCCAGGGAGUUAAUGGUCCUGAGUUGGCCACAGUGAGUUUGCAACUCACCAGACAUCCCUCUUCCUCCUUCCUUUCACUCCCUUCUCAGCAUGAUGGAAGCCUGCACUUUCAUUUCAGACUGACGGGUUUCUGAAGGACAACAACAACGCUGCCCAGCCCCUAUUGGACGGCAUGAAGUUCAUGGCUCAGUCGGUGCCUGAGCUUAGCCUUGGACCCACCAAGGCUGUGACUUCCUGGCUGACAGACCAGAUUGCCCCUGCCUACUGGAGGCCCAACUUCCAGAUUCUGAGCUGCAACAAGUGUGCGACGUCCUUUAAAGAUAACUACAUGAAGCAUCACUGCCGAGCCUGUGGGGAGGGUUUCUGUGACAGCUGUUCAUCAAAGACCCGGCCAGUGCCUGAGCAGGGCUAAGGCCCUGCACCGGUGCGGA